GCUUCUAGGUAUCUUGGACCCGGCCACCUCCUGCACGACAUGCACCUAUGUCUACAUUGCACAAAUUAUCUGCUAUUCUCUCAGUAAUUCUGACACGGCGUGUCUGUGCUCGUUUGUUAUCUACUUUCAUAUGUUCGGUGAUUAUCGUCAUACGUCCUUUUUCUCGGUUCGGAGGGGAUUAUACCUUCCUGGUUUUGACGCUUAAGGAGCUCGUAUUCGGCGUGCAGAAGAAUAUUGCACAACAAGUCGAAGCUACUGUUCUCAACCUUGGUGGUGCUCUGGUCGCCAUCUCGGUCUCGACCUCGUCGCGGUAUCUCGCAUCCCUUCUUCCUGACGAUUCCGCUCGCGCAAGGACCAUACCUGCUGUUUUCUUGAUUCUGAUCUGCUUCGUCGCGGGUUACUGCAAGAGCCGGUUGCCCCGCCUUACCCUGUCCGCACGUAUCUCUUGCUUGGUUGCCACCUGGAUUCUUACCACAGAUGCUGGCGAAACAGAGGGAAAAUUUGAACUGUCCACCGAUUUUAUCUGGAUUGUUUUGUGCCCUGCCAUCAUUUGCCUCCUCAGUGGGAUGCUCUUUCUCACAUGGUACUCCACCAGCUUCGCGAGGGAGGUUGCGUUAGGCAUGUCGCAACUCCACGACAGCCUAUCGCUGGCCCUUGACGAGGGUUUGGGACACGAGAGCACCGAUGGUUCUCUGAAAUACGGUCCUGGUGGUCACAGGCCCAUCCUCGAUGCCGUCUUGAAGCGAUCAGUCAUGCUCAACGCCUCAUACUCCCAAGCGGCCUUUGAACUUCGUGUCGGCCGACUCAGUGUCAAAUCGAUUCGUCCGUUCAUCAGUAUCAUCGAGCACCUCCGUCGUGAGAUGUCUUCGCUUAGCGGAGCUCUAACAGGCUGCGUUCAAUCCCAAACUAUCACCACAUUUCGGAGUCCGGCUCUGAACCUUGGCCAUGCGAUUCUCGAUGCUAUGAAGAUAGCGGAAAAGUCCGUUGUCGCCUGUUUUGAACACUCUGUGCUCCACACCGUUUCAUUGUCAUCGGAGAAAGAUUUCAUCGCAGAUGCACAAGCACAGCUGAUAAAGGCCAGGGAUGGAGUUCGCGAAAACCUAAAGCGGCACCUUGACGAUAUUGACAUUAGUCACCGUUCUGUCCCAGGUGGGAUGAAGCUCUCUAAGGAGUUAUCGGAUUCCUGCUCUUUCAUGAUCUCUCUACUACAAAUGGCUCAUGAGCUUCGCCAUGCACUCAUAAUUGCUCACAAUAUGACAACAGUUUACGACAAGUCCCGCACCCGUCUGUGGUACCCUCGCUUAACCUGGGCCUGGCUCGGUCUCCCACCCUCUACGAUGAUAAAUGACGAGGACACAAUACCAGAAGAGGUGCAGCAUCGACAUGUCGAUCCCGAAUCAGCUCUCAGUCUUGCAGAAGCUCGACAAGGUAUCGCCGAACGAGCAUAUCCUGGAAUUGAUCCUCAUAAGAUACCCGUCACCGAAGUUCCAUACAAGAACAAACCGGGCUUUCACAUACUCCAUCUCGGCUCAUGGAUAUCCGGCUUUUGGGCAGCAAGGAAGGUGUUACGGGCCCGACUCGCGCUCUCCAAGUUUUUGAGAGUCAUACACCAUUCCAGCCAUAUCAAACAUGCGACCAAGAAUGCGGUUGGAGUUGCGUUACUGAGCCUUCCGGCGUUCCUUCCCAUUGGGAGCCCAGGACAGCGAUGGUUUACGUAUAUACACGGACAAUGGGCGAUCAUCAGCUACGUCUGGGUUCUGGAGACAAAUACUGGUGCGACUUGGCAUGUUGGAUAUCUUCGAAUAUCUGGGACUAUCAUCGGAGCUGUCUACGCUUACGUCACGUGGCUCAUUUGCCAUACUAAUCCAUACGCUCUAGUCCUGUUUGUGACGGUUGCCGAUCUGCCUUUCAGCUGGAUUAUAGUGAACACUUCUAUACCUUCACUUGGAGUUGUGGCUAACAUCACUCUACCACCUAUUGUUUUUGCGCGUUAUUUGAGCCUGUCUUCGACCACUCCAGUAGUUGUUCUCGCUGCAUUGAGAGCACUUACGAUUGGAGUCGGCAUUGUUGUUGCAUUACUUGUGAACACUCUAGUGUAUCCACGUCACUGUCGGGUUUUGUAUCUCUCAGAUUCAAGUCGGACACUCAAUCUCUUGAGUCAACUGUAUCUUACUCUUGGGCGUGAUCUUUUCCAGCGUCACUACUAUCUCACUCCUGACAACCGCCAAACCGCUCUCAGACUCGAGCAGCAAAUACGGAGCGCACUAUACCGACUGUCUCUUCUCCUGAACGCUAUGAACGAUGAACUAAGCUUGAUUCCUAAACCUAUGCGUCAAUAUAGGAAAACCCUCACCCAACUUCAGACUAUGCUAGAUUUGAUGACGGGCCUGCGAAAAGUCCGCGAGAACAUACCAGUCAAGGAAACCAUAUCCACUGUAUUUUCAGAACGUCGUGAUUUUGUCUCUUGUAUCUGCCUAUCCCUACACGCCUGUGAAUUUUCUUUCCGUUGCCGACGUCCACUCCCUCAAUAUCUUCCCUCCUCCCGACACGCCCUCAAAACGCUUGUCGGCCACAUCGAAGACUCGAUAAACGAAGCACGCGCCCGGGAUCCCCGCGCCCUCGGCCUCCCCCUCAUCUAUUCCCUGGCCGAGAUCGAAUUUCUCAAGAAUAUCGUUGACACGAUGGAAACCCUGCUGGAUGUUUCGAGAGCACUCUUCGGGACGGCGGCAUGGUUGACGGAGGAGCCAACGUGGAGGACGAUAAGUGUGAAUGAUACAGAGGACUCGAACAGGGGCUGGUAUAGCACUUUGUAAUAAUUCCAUGCAGAGUAUAAGCCAUACUUUCGGCCAUCAUCUGCAUAUCGUGUAUCUCUACGAACUUAUGGCUUUAUCCUGCACCUACAUACAUUUUUUUACGGCGUGAUACUCAUCAAUGGAAUAGACAUCGCAUGCAUGGAAAGCACUCAUUUUGGAAGGACGGUACCUAAAGCAUUUCUGCUUUCGAUGUGGAAGGCACACUAGUAUACAAGAGAAGGAGGAGCAGGUAAACUUGGCAAUGCCAAUGACGUGGAGGACCUUUCGAGGAAAAGAGUACGCCUAGGUCUGCCUCACUCCUCUUCCUCCUCAUCUGAGAAAGCCCUGCGUGCAGCAUUUCGAGGGCCUCGUCUCGCUGUGCGUAUCCGAAUAUCUUCCUCCUCCUCGCUCUCCACCUCCAUAUCGGCGUCUUCUUUCUCUUCCUCUACAUUCCGAGCUUCGUCACCGGCCUCCUGCUUCUGUUGAGCUUGUUUUCGUCUCUCCUCCUGCUGACUGAUUUUCGACUCCAACCGUUCCAACUCAUCCUCUGAAUCCAGGUCCUCUUUGCGCCUCUUCUUUUUACGAGCGGCACCACCAUCGGUCGAACCACCUCCACCCUCUUCCUCCGAGUCCGCCACCAAAAAGUCGUCUUCCUGAUACUCCCCUCCCCGUCUCCCCUCCUCUGGUGCACCUGCCCUCCUCUUCCUCGGGCUACUCUCACCCUCGGACUCCGACAACUCGAACUCCGCCUCCUCUUCAUCGUCAUCGCUCCACAUAUCAUCCCCGGCCCUUCUUCUUGGCGCUGCUCUCUUCCUCCUCUGUCCCAUUCUAUCAUCAGGGUCACCCCUGUCCGCCCUCGACUUCCGAGGCUUCUUCGACGCAGCCUUCAUGAGCUCCUGCUUCUCCUUCUCCGGAUCCAUCUGGGGGUCGUCCGCCAACCGCAUCCUUGCUGUCUUGCUCUUCUGCCCUACAGCACGCACGAGCAAACGAUGAGUCUCGGAUUGCAUGUCGGUCGGUCGGAGAGACAUGUAUCCAGUAAUGAUGGCUUCAGCCUGGAGGAUCUCAGCACGCUUGUGUUGCGCGACGAGAUACGUGAGACCUUGAGAUUUGGCGGUACGGGCAGGUUUUGUUGGGGACUGUGAUUGAGACUGAGAGAGUUGGGACUGAUAUUGUGAAGCGCCUAACGUAUGGCGAACGGAGGCAGCAGAGUUGUCGAUCACUUGUGACAUGUCGAAGUACUCUUUGCCCAGCCGCAGGCUCGUGGUGCCGUCCGACCAUUUAAUGACGCGAGCAUUUGAUUGACGUCGAUCUUCACCGUAGUCAUCCUUUACCCAUCGCCAGCGAAUGGUAUUCUCCACGCGAAGCUUGAUGCCCAUGUCUCGUUCCUCAGGUGCCUUGGGAAGCGAAGACUCAGCAUCCUCAUCUUGCUCCGGUCCAAUGUAAGUGUCUCGGUGAAACGGCUUUGAGUCUACUCUGACAAAAUUAGGCAUCCGAAUGACCCAGUGCUGACCGUCCGAGCUCUUAGGCACCGGGAUGUUUGGGAUGUUGACUUCCGCCUGGAGCAAAUUUUCGACAACGGGGGGAGCUUCGUCUUCCUCCUCGUACUCCAACUCCUGCCUUCUCUUGCGAGCGGAGGAUGAGAGACCCUCAACAGGGGAAGGAGAUUUGGUUUCAGGGCCGGUGGUUGUAUCGUCCUGUUUAGCAUUCUCGACCUCAUUGUCUUCUCCAAAGAGGUCGCCCAUUUCCUGGUCCUCAUCCUCGUCGCCUUGGCUGGCGGCGCCAGGGGUAUCCAUAUCGACAUCUUCACUUUGUAUCACAGGAUCGUCUGUUUCAGCUUUUGGUUGC